CGAGGGGUGCAGAGGCGCACUAUAAAGUCCACUGCUUGCCCAGAAAGUCUGUAUUGACCUCUUGUCAUCUUUCUUUUCCGUGAACGCGUUCCAAACACACCUGUCGUCUCAUCAGACCCCACAAUCUUUACAAAAUGCGCUCUUUUACUACCUUCACAAUUCUCCUCCUUACGGCUGUUUUGAGCACCUUCACCAAUGCUACUCCUAUCACCAGGCACCCCGGCGCUGCUGUCCCCGCUGACUUUUCCUCUGUUAAGUCUGAUGUUGCCGGUCUUAACAAGGAGCUUGAUCUUCCUCGCGUCGGUCGGGAGAUCACUGCCAAUUCUUCGGACGAGACGCUUGCUGCUGUCUUUACUACUUUCUUCACCCAGAUCCAGCCCUUGACUGACCAGCUUACCUACAUCACUCCGGAGAACGCUACGGUUGCUGAUAUCUCACCUGUCGUUGCUCAAAUCAAGAUUCAACUCACCAGUCUUAUCUCUCAAAUUCAGCCACUCGCUGACCAAGGUGGCUUAGGUGACUUAGGUGGCUUACUUGACUCCCUUAGGUCUCUGUUGAGUACCAUUACCUCGCUUCUUCAGAGCCUUCCUCCUGUUGUCACCGGUCUCCUCGAGGGGCUUGGGGAGGGGCUUCAGCGAAGCCUUGGAGGCAGUGUCCUUGUGGGCAAUAUUAGCGGCGACCUUAGGGACGUUAUCUUCACGGUCGCAGACGUGGGCCACGACGCUACCUCCAUCCUCAAGAUCAUUAACACGCUCGUUCCUGGCACCGUUUCCUCCCUUCGUCCUCUCCUUGCUCCUUUCGCCAAUACCAUCGCUUCUUCAGGUCUCACAGACCACUUGUCUCUCCUUGGUCUCUCCAAUUAAUCAAAUUAGACACAUGCUGUUUAUACCCCCCGCACGACAGGGACGAUGAAACGUGCAUUAUUGGGCUACGAAUGUUGCAAUGUUGUCGUAUAUUUUAUGUAGUGCCAAUAUUACAAGUUUAACUUGUAUUCACUUAUAUGGUUUUAUGUCCGAUAGUGCAACAAGG